AUGGCUAAUGACGAUAGUACUGCCUACUCUGUUGAAUUUCUCAACUCCCCAGAGUUAACAGGUAUAUUUUCGCAUAAGCUGGAGCUUAAAGUUGGCGUUCCAGCUCUGUUGAUGCGAAAUCUUGAUGCACCCAGACUGUGCAACGACCCCAGGCUUCGUAUCAGAGAGCUUGGCAGUAAUAUUAUAAAAGCUACCAUUAUUACACGAGCUGCUAAAGGAGACAGUGUUUUAAUUCCCUGCAUACCUAUUAUUCCAAACAACUUGCCAUUUUGUUUCAAGGUGCUGCAAUUUCCCUCAAAAUUUGCUCUUAAAAUGACGAUCAACAAAUCCCAGGGCCGAACCUUAAAAGUGGCACGCAUUAAUUUGAGCUCAGACGAUCAUGUUACCAUGUUUCUCACACUGUCAAAUAUAUGUUGGUUUCACGUGUUUUAA